UAUAGUCCCGCCAACUUUAGGAACAUUUGGUUAGGCGUGAUACGUAUCCAAUGACCAAGAAGAGCAAGACCAUGGACGCGCCUGCGGGCGCCCGUGUGCUGCGUCCGGUGGCUCUGGAGCCAUGGCUGGCGUCUACACGUCGUCUGUUGUCUAUGGAGCAGCAGGAGGAGGUGCAGACCAUGCGGGACGAGCUGGCAACGCUCGACGACAACGAAAACCCGAACGUAUUGACACAUUUAACGCUGUCUCGCUGCUCCACGGGUCUGUUCGGACGCACACUGCUGCAAUUCUCAUUCCCAUCACUCAGUUUACGACAGGCAAAGCCGCAUCAAUUCACAGUGGGAGAUCUAGUGCAGAUCCGAGUACAAAAGAACACUCCAACGGGCGGCAAACUACCCACUGGAAUAGUCUCCCGUGUCGAGGAACGAGGCAUCUCUGUGGCUGUUAAUAGCGACCAAGAAGACGUGGACGAAGUGGAAUUAUUGGCUGCAACAGGCAUCACACUAGACCGACUAGUGAACAAUGCAACCUUCCUAAAACUGACUAGUGCACUGGACCAAAUGACCAAAUUUGAGUUCGGCGCUGCUCAAGCGGUAGUCGACGUGGUGUUUUCGGAGCGAGAACCCAGCUGGAACACACCGUUACCAGACAUCACACCCUUUAAUAAGGGUCUAAACGAGUCUCAAGUGGAGGCUAUCAGGCUUGCAUUGGCUUCUAAAGACUUGGCUUUAAUUCACGGUCCACCAGGAACAGGCAAGACGACGACAGUAGUGGAGUUUAUCCUGCAAGCAGUGACCAGAUUUGACUUAAAGGUGUUAGUCUGUGCUCCGUCGAAUAUUGCAGUGGAUAAUGUGCUGGAUAAGUUAGCGAGUACAUGCUCUACGCUUGGCAAGACGCUGAAACUUACACGAAUCGGACACCCGGCACGUGUGUUGCCGCAGAUACUGAAAUACUGUUUAGACGCCAAGAUUGAGAGUGCAGAAGGCACGGAAAUUGUCAAUGAUAUACGCCAAGAAAUGACUGCAAUGCAGAAAAAGCUACAGAAGACAAGAGAUAAGAGUUUACGGUACCAGUUACGACGCGAGAUGAAGACCAACCGCAAGGAGAUUCGAACUCGAGAGCAGAAAGUGGUGGGAGAUAUUGUACGACACAGUAACGUAGUGUUUGCGACCAAUGUCGGCGCAGCGUCGAAGCUGCUUAAGGACGUGACGUUUGACUUGGUUAUCAUUGAUGAAGCGGCUCAGGCACUCGAGGCGUCCUGCUGGAUUCCUAUACUAAAGGCGAAGCGCUGUGUAUUGGCCGGUGAUCACUUGCAGCUUCCUCCUACUAUUAAGUCCAAGACAGCAGCAGCUAAAGGACUAGAAGUGACGCUGUUCGAUCGGAUCGCGAGCUAUACGAACACUCAGAGUAUCGUAAAAAUGCUGGACACUCAGUACCGAAUGCACGAAGAUAUCAGCGAAUGGAGCUCCCAAGCGAUGUACAAGGGAGAGCUCAAGAGCUUUGAAGGGGUAGCGAAGCGUAAGCUGCACGAGUUGCCGCAUGUUUCGAUCUCUAAAGAGGACGAAUUGCUGAGUGCUACACUGUUGCUAUUGGACACGGCUGGCUGUGAGCUUGAGGAAGACUCGAAUGACGAUGAGACUGGUAGUAUGCAGCUGUCAAAGUCUAAUGAAGGAGAAGCUCGCGUCGUAGCGAGACAUGUGAGUGCUCUGCUAGAGGCAGGAUUAAAGGAAGAGGAAGUCGCUGUGAUCACGCCGUACAAUAAGCAGGUACAGACACUCAAGGCUCUGUUACUCGAGAGCCAUCCGAAGCUUGAGAUUCGAUCUGUAGAUGGCUUUCAGGGCUGCGAAAAGGAGGCAGUUGUGAUGAGUCUGGUGCGUUCCAACGCGUCGAGACAAGUGGGGUUUCUUGCUGACGACCGUCGCAUGAAUGUUGCCAUUACACGGGCGAAACGACAUGUUGCAGUGGUGUGUGACACUGAUACUAUCUCGUCGCACAAGUUUCUGGCUGUUCUGGUGAAACACUUUGAGAAGUUUGGUGAGUACAGAAGUGCACAAGAAUAUUUGGAUGAAGAUGUUGUGGAAGGAACGAUGGAUGAACAACUGGUCAUGUCGUUAAGCGUAGCUGCUAGUACUGCACCUACGACGUCCUCUUCAAAAUCUGCAGCAGAUACUAAGGCUACGAAAACCACGAAGCUCAAGCAGGUUAAAAAAUCUAACAAAGCACUGAAGGCAGCUGCUGGUGCGUCGAAGGUGGUUGAAGCGAAGAAAGCUGCGCCUAAUGACGAGAACCCACAGGCUAUGGAGGCUAAGGAAACCAUAGCUACUGUAACUCUUGACGAGGAAAAGGAGAAAGAUGAAGUGGAAGACAAACCUGUAGCAGUGAAGAGCGUGUUUCAGAUAAUGAAUUCUGAUAGUGACAGCUCCGACGACGAGAACGAGGAAGGUAAUAUCGACCCCGGUGAAGAAGGGUCAAGCAGUUUGACCGAAGAUCUGAAGGCUGCGAACUCUCUUUUAAAGGAUCUGCACAUGAGUCGACUGGCUCGUCAACCUCCACCAGCACCCACGUCAAGUAAGAAGAAGAAGAAAAAAGGUCAGCCUAAAACUGUCAAUACUGCACCAAUCGACGACCUGAAAGACGGCGAAGAUGAACUGGAAUUCCUCACUCGACAAGCGAACAAGAGCUCAAACUGCGCGUUCCAGAGCUCAAGUCGUUGCAAGAAGAAUACCACCAUGCUGGGCAGUGUCUGUAAGUUCUGCAAGCUCAAGUUCUGCUACGACCACGCGCUGCCUGAAGUUCACGGCUGUGGUGACGCUGUGCGCAAGUUCGAACGCGCCGCGUUCCAGCAGCAAAUGACGCGAUCAAGUGACGUGUCAAACAAGAAACUCACGGGUGACAAACGCAAACUGCUCAAGAAGAAACUGGACGAGAAAGUUUCUGCUAAAACAGCGAGUCGCACCACAAAAUCUAAGAAAAAAUAAGCUCCUGCAAGAGCUAGCGAGUCAUCUGUACAUUCAGCUAGCCGUCCGCUUAUAGGAAGUUACAUGCUGCUCACUAGUUUUUCGAUCGCAGCGUUCUCGUCUCCAUUAGCGGCUUGUAGUGCCGCCUUUGCCUUGUCCUGUAAGUAAAAAAGAAAAGUUAGCUUUUUUAAUAGAAAAAAACAGA